GAUAAGGCUGGAAAGCCCGAAAUCCCCGAAAUCCUCAGACUUGGUCUGUACUCUGUAGCCACUAGCUAGUGAGGAUUUGGGGAAGAAGAAACAAAUCAAACAAUGGCCGCCUUUGCAAUAGGAACGUGGCUUUGCGCAGGGGUUGGACAAAGGUCAGGACCCUCUGCAGCUUCACUCCCGCUCAUCUCUGGUUCAAGAACACCAGCUUCACACAUCUUCUCUCUGAAAGCCACUGCCCUCAACCCCAAUUCUUCUUCCGGAAUCCUCCACUGCUCCUUUCUCUCCAAUUCUCCUUCUGCUUCUACCCCAUCAGCUUCCUCUUUCUCAGGUUUGUCACUAGGGUUGGACUUCAAUGGCAAGGGUGAAGGAUUGAGCAGAAGUAGAAGGGCUGGAUUAGUGAUAAGGGCAGGGAAAUAUACUCUUUGUCAAACCAAGAGGAAUAGGUCUAGAAAGUCUUUAGCACGAACACAUGGAUUUCGAAGGCGGAUGCGUACUACAAGUGGAAGAGCACUUUUGAAGCGAAGACGGGACAAGGGUCGAUGGAAUCUCUGCCCAAAGUCUAACCCAAACAGUGGCAAACGAGCUUGAUCCUCUUAUUUUUAUUCUGGCUGGCUUGUGUGCUAUUUCUUGUAGGUAACUGCAAUCGUCUGUUUCUUUUGUUGAUUUUGCUCACCUUUUCUGUAUCUAAUCUGCAUUCUCUGCUCAGUUAAGAUCUCUCUUUUUCAUAUGUCGGUGUACUAGCCUGUUUGGCACACUACAUUUCAACUUAUGUGCCAGAUUUUUCACCAAACUCAAUUCAUUUCACUGCCAUAGUUGAAUCGGCUGAUAAGUGGGGAAAACAGUUGUGCACAGGUUAAACUUUUUAAAGGAAAUGGUUGAAAUUAAAGAAACAUUUAAAGGCUACAUACAC